AUUGCAUCAACACCCACCGGGCCACCAACAAUGAGCGACGCCGACCCGCUCGACCUCACGUCGUUGGAUACGGACUCGCUGCUGAGAGCGCUGGCGGCUGUGCAGAAGGCCGUACCAGACCUCCUGCUCGACGUAAAGCCCGUCCUCGCACACCUGACAUCGCCGACCGAAGAGGCCGACGAAGAAGGCGCCACGGCAGCAAGAGACGCCGUCGAGCGAUACAUGGCGACAGUGGAUAAAAUCCAGUUCAUCCUCCGCCAGUCCGUUUUCUUCUUGCGCGAGACGCGCGCGGCGCCGUCCGUGCUCCGCCCGCCGCCGCCGGACGCCCUGCCCCGCCCUUUGGCGGCUACGUUGCGGGAUAGUGGUGGUGGGGAUGGGGAGGCGCAGCUCGGGCUGUACGCCCUGCGUGUGGAGGUGGCUACGUUGAAGGAUAUGCUUGCGGCCGUGAAGGCGAGCCGCGGAGCUGGAGAGGGGGAGGGGGCGGCGGUGGGGGAAGGACAGGAAAAAGAAGAGGCUAUGGAGAUGGCUUAGCGUACGGCUUAGAUGGCGGGUAUGCCAGUUGUAUCAUAGACCGAGGAGUCUCGCCUUUGUGCCGCACUCCCCCCACCUCUCCUCUCCCGCAUGUACAUGAUACGAUACACGAUUCAUAGCAAGCUACGUGUCUCUACAUAUAGCGCCAUGACGAAG